AACAAUUCCACGCUUUUAUUUUGAAACGACGCACUCCCAAACCGGAAAACGUGUGCUGCCAAAUUUGAUGUGACUGAUUACUGCAGCACGAGACCACGACGACACUAACACACACUCACCGGUGUGUGAGGGAGCUGUUACCGACAUUAAUCACCGGCCACAGAUACAGAUAAUGUGCACGUUAAUGUAAACUACAGUAUUUACCGACUACGCCCUCGGUACCGGAGCCCCGGAGCCCGGAGCGGCGGCGGGACCGGAGCCACAUCAGCCCCGGGGCGGACAGGACAGGACAGGGAAAUCAACAUGUGGAGCUGCAGUCUGUGGGCUCUUCUUCCUCCAGUCUACUCUCUGAUCAUCGCUGCUGGACUCUGGCUGGUAUAUUUUAUCGCUGUCGCUGAAGAGAAGAUAAUACCUCUGGGCUCAAAAUACAAGAGAAGAAAUGGAUCCUAUUAUCCCUUCAUCAGUCUUGCAGGCAACUUUCCACCAGCCAGCUGCAUCUUCAGCGAGGUCAUGAACAUUGCUGCGUUUGUGGGGCUGAUUAUUGCCGUCCUCAGGUACCUUCAGGUGAAACACAGAAUGGACAAACAGUGGAUCAACGUCGGCAGCCUGAUCGCGUUUUCUGUCGGCUGCUUUGGGAUGACGCUCAUAGGAAACUUUCAGGUACUAACUGAGGAGAUGAUCCACAAUUUGGGCACCUUUGUGACGUUUGGACUGGGAGCGUCGUUCUGCUGGGUGCAGUCCUACGUCACCCUGACGGUUAAUCUGCAGAGCGAGGGCAGGAAGGUCGGCUUCAUCCGCUUCCUGUUGUCUGGAUCCAUCACUGUCUGCAUGAUAGUCUACUUCUCCAUGUUGGGUCAGCGUCGCCACAUGCAGGCGGCUCAGAGCCAGUGGGCUCUCGUCAUGCUCUUCCUCAUCUUCCUCGCCACUUUUGGCAUCGAGUUUCGUCACAGCCGCUUUAACAUCGUGUGCACGGACGCCUCCGGGCGUCCGGUGAGCCAGCUGGAGACCGCCUCUGAACCGUCCCGGUACCAGCCGGACCAGCUUUAGGGACGUCCCUCUGUCCUCAGUUUAAACAUCCUCAGGUCCAACCGCAGGUAUCAGCAGAGUUUAAAUGCUUUUGUUCCUUCACCAUCGUUUGCUCCACUGUUACCGUUAGUUACACGUUAUCACUCUACACGUAUGCAUGUUUUCAUUUUAUGUUUUUUUAUCUGCAACAAUUUGAAAAGAACAAAUCCGCUCAGUUUAUUAAUCAGUUUUCAGUUAGUGAAUUUAUUCUUAACAGUUUGAACACUCGUUUUUAAAACACAUCAAAGUUAUGAGUUAUUUUUGUAACUUUUUAAAUGUUUUUUUAGGGGCCUUGUAUGAAUUUAUAGAUGUUAUCAUGUAAAUGUACAGUAUAAGUAUGCACAGUACAC